UAAAGAGAGACAGAGAGAGUGAAUGUUUGAGUGUGUAAGUGUGUGUUUAUGAUGAAUAUUAUUAAUUUUAAUUUGUUAAACUGAUUAGUUAAUUGAGCUAAUUUACCGAAGAUGACCAUUAUAGUCUUCUUGAUAGAUACCAGUGCCUCCAUGAACCAGCGGACUUACAUGGGCGCCAGGCCAACCCUUUUAGAUGUCGCAAAGGAUAGUGUUGAGAAAUUUCUUAAGAUCCGACAAAGAGACGCUGCCAGUCGUCAAGAUCGAUACAUGUUACUAACAUUCGAUGAGUAUCCAUGUAAUAUUAAGGCUGGUUGGAAGGAGAAUCAUAAUGUUUUCAUGAAUGAAUUAAAAAACUUGACGGCAAGUGGAAUGACUUUAUUAGGACCUGCUAUUAAAAACUGUUUCGAUUUGUUAAAUUUAAACCGUAUGCAAACUGGUAUUGAUACGUAUGGUCAAGGGCGAUCUCCUUUUUUUCUUGAGUCUUCUAUCAUUAUCGCCAUUACUGACGGUGGAAAGUUAACCAGUGGAGCUGGUGUUCAGGAGGAAUUAAAUCUCCCCAUGAACUGUAACAUGCCAGGAGCAGAGCUUACCAAGGAACCAUUUAGAUGGGAUCAGCGUUUAUAUGCAUUAGUCCUUAGGUUAACUGGUACUCCGCCGACAGAUCAUUUAUCCAAUGGACCUCCAGGAAUGGUUCCAAGUGAUCACUCUUCGAUUGAUGCGAUGUGUGAAGUUACUGGCGGUCGAUCAUAUUCAAUAUCAUCUCAAAGAUCUUUAAUGCAGUGUCUUGAAUCGGUUGUACAAAAAAUUCAAGGAGGUGUAGUUAUUCAAUUCGAAAAGUUUGGUCCCGAUCCGCCGCCCAUUAAUCAGGACGAUAAUAGUGAUGAAACAAGUCAAGAGUUAUCCAAAAUGAAAGAAUCGGCUGUUACAAAUGAAUUAAUUGGAAAUUUUAAAAACUCAAACUCUAACAAUCAAGUUUUUAAUUCAUCCAAUAACUCAACAAGCUCACAAGCAACAAAUAAAUCUCCAUGGCAUUCCACUCGUAAGCUCAUUUAUGUCCACAGAUCAGCUCAAAGAGGUUAUUCUACAGGUUUCUGGCCUAUACCCGAAUCGUUUUGGCCUGAUCUCAAUGCGCCUUCCCUUCCUCCUCGAAGUUGUCAUCCCGUUAUCAAGUUUACCUGUUCCUCAAGUGACCCAAUGGUGAUAGAUAAUUUACCUUUUGACAAAUAUGAACUGGAAACAAGCCCAUUGACUCAGUACAUUUUAUCUAGGAAACAACCACAUUCAGCUUGGCAAUGUUUUGUACCCAAUAGUCAUAAAAGUAGCGAUCAUCCUUUAGGUCAUCCUUUUGGUUAUCUUAAGGCCAGUACCAAUCUGAGCUGUGUUAAUCUAUUUGUUUUACCUUAUAAUUAUCCCGUCAUCUUACCGUUACUCGAUGAACUGUUUAAGAUACACCAUGUUAAGCCAACCCGAGAGUGGAAAUCACAGUUUGAAGCUUACUUAAAAAAUAUUCCUCUCUAUUAUGCUGGCCCUUUAAAACGGGCCUUACAAAAGAUGGGAGGCCCAAAUCUAGUUCCAGAUAAUAUGGAGAAUUGUUUAAGUUAUUCUGUUCUAAAUCUACUGAAAAGAUUGAAAAAUCAAGCAAAAGUUGAAUUUGAUAAACUGAUUGCCACCGUUGGAACAGGUAAACCAGUUACACCGACAACAAUUAAAGUGCCCAACAUUUCAUCAAAAAAGAUAUCAGAUAUCAUAAACUCUGAUCCAUGUUUAAAAAGUCGCAUGAACGGAUUACGUGUUGAAAUUAGCGAUUUUAAUACCUUCUCCAUGAGAAUAAGAGAUAAAACAAGAGAGGCUAAACCUCAGUGUUAUCGAAAUCCCUAUGAUAUCAAUAGACAUCAAAUAAUUGAUCAAAUCCACCGAAUGCGUAACAAUUUCCUCCAACCUUUAAGGUUAAUCAAAUUUCUCGACGAAGAUCAAAUGCACAGUUUACCCGUUAGUCAAAUGGGAAAUUACCAAGAGUAUUUAAAACGAAUGCCUAAUCCAUUAAGAGAAUUGGAAUCAGCACCAGUUCGUCAACAUAUGUUCGGUAAUCCAUUCAAAAUUGACAAAGGUCGAGCACUUGGAAUGAUCGAUGAAGCAGAUAUCGAUUUAGUUGGACAUUCAGGAAAUUCACCAGUUCGAUCUCCGAAAAGACCAAUCGAUUCACCAAAUAAACCGGGACCCGCUUCACCUCGUGUUAAACGAAGACCUGGACCAUUGUCUAAAGAACUCGCUGUUCAAUACAUGUCCAAUCAUAAAUCAUUUAGAUCUUUAUCAACUCCACCAAGUUCGCCUUUACCGUCACCACCUAAUUCACCGUCAUUGUCUUCUAAUGAUGUAUCUUUAUCAUCGGCAUCUUCAUCAUCAUCAACAACAACAUCCACAAUUCCAUCAUCACCUUCAUCUUCCUCCACAACAGUGACUCCGCCAAAUUCACCAUCAUCUUUAUCAUCAUCAGUACCAACAACUACCACAAUAAUACCAACAGUAACAACAACAGCUACAGCAACAACAACAACAACAACUACUACUACAACAACAACCAACACACCUAAUAGUAACAGUAUCAAUAACAAUAGUUGUAGCAAUAAUAAUAUCAACAAUCAAAUUGUUCAAAACUCAGAUCUUUCAGAAAAUGAAAUUGUAAAUAAUGUAGAUGAUGAUUUGAAAAUGCCUGAUCUUGAGCUGAUUGAAAUUAACUCGAGCAAUGAAACAACAAGUACCCAUAAUGAAACACCGGGUCGCCUGAAGAAUAGCAUUGAAAACACCAAAGAUAUUUCACUGAACAAUUCGAUCCAUAACAAUAAUCAUUCUGACAAUUUGUGUAAUGGUUUAUCAAACUCUUUAAAAAAUUCUCGACUCAACAAUUUCAAAUGGAAAAUGUCACCAGAACAAGUCGAACAAAAAAGAGAAGUUUUUCGUCUCGUUCGAAAACCUGGUAAAAAUUUCAAGCCAAUUUUAAGUCAACUAUCUAAUUGUAAUGGACCCUUCAGGGAUUACCUGGUUAAAGAAAUAAUCGCGGAAGCAACCAGAUUCAAAAGGAAAACCUUAGUUGAUGUUGUACAAAAAUACGUCACAGAAAAUAACGUUUCCACCAGAUUAAGAUGAUUGGAAGAUUGUGAGAACAUUUAAAUAUUGUAAAUCUGUUCAUGUCUACGGUGGAAAGAAAAAAGAUUAACACAAAAAAUUUAUGUACCAAAAAAGGAUUACGACAAUUUGGUCAAUACUUUUACAAAACAUGAAUUGAGAGAUACCAAGGAAUUUUCUUUUUUUUUCCUGAAUUUCCAUGAAUUUAAUCAUGAUGAAAAAUCUCUCAAAAUUCUGUAUAUAUAUAAAUAUAAUAUACAAAAUCUAAUCAAAUUCAUUUUCUCAUAUCAACGAUCGGAUUCAUUUCAUUUGAAGGCAAAAAGAAAAAGAAAAUAAAAAGUCAUUUGUUUAAA